UAUAUUUUUGUAGUAUAUAAAAGUAUUGUGGUUAAAAUUUGAAUUUUGAUUUCCGUUUCCUGCCUCCAUCAUCACCCAAUUCUCCUCCUCUCCAACUGAAACACCAUUGUGAACCGUAACGUCUUUGCAGUGAGGUAGAUUCUAAAUUUUCAAUUCAAGAUGGCUGAGCAGGAGAUGCCGACAUUUAAGUGUGUCUUGGUCGGAGACGGUGGUACAGGAAAGACCACAUUUGUCAAACGACAUCUUACUGGUGAAUUUGAGAAGAAGUACGUCGCCACGCUUGGAGUAGAAGUGCAUCCACUAGUGUUCCACACCAACAGAGGUCCAAUCAGAUUCAACGUUUGGGACACUGCAGGCCAAGAGAAGUUUGGCGGCCUUCGAGACGGUUACUAUAUCCAGGGUCAAUGCGCCAUCGUUAUGUUCGAUGUUACGUCUAGAGUCACAUACAAGAAUGUUCCUAACUGGCAUAGAGACUUAGUCAGGGUUUGCGAAAACAUCCCAAUCGUUCUCUGCGGAAACAAGGUUGACAUCAAGGACAGAAAAGUCAAGGCGAAAAGCAUAGUGUUCCACCGUAAAAAGAACCUCCAGUACUACGACAUCAGUGCCAAGAGUAAUUACAACUUUGAGAAGCCGUUCCUGUGGUUGGCCAGGAAGCUGAUUGGAGACCCCAACCUGGAGUUUGUUGCAAUGCCCGCCCUCGUGCCCCCAGAAGUUACCAUGGAUCCCCAAUGGCAGACACAGAUCGAAAAGGAUCUCAAGGAAGCACAAGAUACUCCUUUACCAGAGGAUGAUGAAGACUUGUGAUUCGCUUUUUAUCGAUGCCCACCUUCGAUUCCAAGCUACGCAAGAGCGUAUGAUAACAAGCGCCUCAGCGUGGUGACACCCCAUUGGCGUGCCCUUUUUAUAUUGUUAAAUUUAAGCUUUUGUCAUUUGGUUACUUAUAAGUUAUUCUCUGUUCUUCAUGUUACAUUUCAAGACUUAAAAAGUAAGUUGUACAAACCAAAUAAAUACCUGUUUAAUUUGUA